UACCUCGCGCUCAGCUACGUAUGGGGUGAGCCCCAACCUCAUCAAACCACUUCAUCCAACGUAUCCGUCUAUAUGGAUGGAAUGGACGCCUCUCAUCUCCCCCAAACCCUCCGCGAUGCGAUCCGUGUCACACACGCGCUUGGAUUCCAGUACCUUUGGGUCGAUAGCCUGUGCAUAAUCCAGGACGAGGACAAGGACAGAGUGCACGAAAUAAGGUGGAUGCAUCUUGUUUACCGCUAUGCGCACUUGACUAUCAUAGCUGCCAGCGCUGGGAAGGUCAGCGAUGGCUUCCUCCAGGAUCGCUUGGCGGAGGACGUCGUACAAAUCACACUUCCAUUCCUCUUGCACGCGUCUUUCUCUCAUCUCAUACAGCAGCCCUCAGAAUGCUCGUACGACUCGGAUCCCAUCCACGAGCGGGGUUGGUGUUUGCAAGAGUUCUACCUCUCCCCACGUACACUCAUCUUCUCGGGUCGAACACUCCAAUUCCGGUGCCAAAACGAUACGCGGAAUAUCGGCGACUCCUUUUACAACACGAUCGCCGAUGUGCAGCUGCCCGAUAUCCUCCUCCAUCCAACCCCACCCCACGCAGAGUACGGCUCUAGCGAAUGGUCGGAAGUACAUGGCGGAUGGAGCCAGAUCGUGGCCAUGUACACCAAGCGCGCCAUUAGCCAACCGUCGGACAAGCUCGUUGCAUGUGGCGCGCUCGCGGAGGCAUGCCACCGCGUCCUACGCGUGGACUAUCUUGCGGGCCUAUGGCGCGACACUCUCCUCCACGACUUGCUUUGGUACGUCGCGGCCCGACUGCAGAGUCGCGUAGUGAGCUGGCGCCGCCCAGCGGAAUACCGUGCACCAUCUUGGUCUUGGGCCUCCACUGCCGACGGAAGUCACCGACACAUUGGGAUGCAGUGGCACGCUACUGCCUACGCGGACAAGACCGCGGUGGCAGAGGUGAUUCGUUGCGAAGUCACUCUCAAAGACCAGGAUUUGCCAUUUGGAGAAGUGACAGCUGGGUGCCUUGUUCUGCGC